CCCAACCUAUUUCACUCCACCCUGAUUCAAUUAUAAGUUAACGCUGCUCACAUGAAAUAGACAAAAACCUGCUAUCUACCGAGUAAACAUACGUAUUCUUACUGGCAGGGAGAGAGUGUUUGUUCUUACUCAGAGAAGACGGUAAUUCUUUUUGUGCAAGCUUCAAUUUGAAGAAUCUGUUCGAGGUGUUCAUGGCCAAACCCGUUUCGACUCUUCUUUUAGCCAGUGUGUUUCUUCACGUCGUAGAAGGUUUCAACUCAUUAGAAAAGGAACUACCCUCGUUGAUCAGAGAGAAACGUCUUUCAGAUGUCCUAGACGAACCAGGUGACGAUGAUGCAGCUGAAACUAAAAUGAAUUCAAAAGUUGGAGGAAACAGUAGAUUCAGCAGUGAUACGCAUAACACUGCGAUUGAAAGCCAAUCAACGCCAAAAACUGAUAAGAACAGACACCAAGAAACAACGGUCCACUCUCAGUUAAACCGAAAAAAGCAUCACACGGUAAUUUUGCCGGGAGUUAAAUUUGGCUUGUUGAGCCAAGAAGUGCCAGGAGCUUCACCUCCAAAUGAAGAAAUGCAGCAUCGAAUGAGAAUGAGAAUGAAGCGUAAGAAACGCCGUCGUCUUAGAGCCCUGAAACGAAUAUCUGAAUCUAAGACUGAUCAUAAUACGCAAACCGAUGGGCUAAUAAGGAAUCCAGAAUCAUUAAAAACGUCAUCAGUGGAACAACGGCUGACGUCCGCACCGAAAGAAUCAGAGAUGAAAUCUUCAUUUUCAGAAGCCCAUACAACUAAUCCUGCAUCUUCUUCUUUGAGGUCUCCAGAAAAAUCAAAAAGAAAUCCUUUAUUAUCAAAACAAUCGAAAAAUUCUAAAAAGCAAGAAGUAUUUACUGAUUCUUAUAGUCCAUCUUCACUUAAGCGACCCAAACGCAUCCCUUUAAAUAAUGACAAUGGUGACACAAAUCGUUUUUCUUCGUUGGAAAUUACAUUAAAGUCAAAAAUACUGUCACUUAAUCCUUUACCAAAGUCAUCUUCGACUGGUCUAUCAUCUAGUUCGAUCGAUGAAAUGCCAGCAGUGGAUAUGCUUAGUAACUUCUUCCAGCAUGCUGGAUUAGCAAGUGCUACAACGAUUGAGACAAACAGAAAGUUGGAACAAGACGAUGUCAGAAAUCCACGAAAUGAGAUUCCAAAAAAGUCAACUCAGGAAACAAGAAGGCCUGUACAACAGAAGCAUGCAUAUAUUGAAAACGCGAGGCAGGAGAAGAGGGAUCAAAGUGAUGACGAUUAUGAACUAAAACUAUUGGAGUUCCAGAAGAAAGCAAUAGAAGAAGAAGAGAAAAAGCUAAAGGAACAAUUUGGAGGACCUGAAAGACAGAAAAUUGAAGUAAACAAGGAAAGUAGAUUGGGACAGCUGAAUCGAAAAAACGAUGAAAAGGAAAAAGAGGUUCAAUUGUUAUUCGAGGAAUUUUCGAAAACAGAUAAGCAAAAUGGUAACAAUCACUUAAAACCAAGUACUCUUGAACAAAGCGGUAAUGAAGGUGUAGAUGGCAAUGAUUCCGGACAGAGGAGAAAGAUGUCCAAAUCUAAAGAUGACCGAAUUAUUAAGAAACAGAGAACCAUAAACGCUGGUGGAAACUCAGGGAAUGAUGACGAAAUAACAGAAGUAGCAUUUUACGAGAAGCAAGAUGACAUCACAAACCAAAACAAGAACAACGACGGCUUAACCAAGUCAAAGAAAACCAAUGAUAGCAAAGAAUGGAAAAUAACUGAGGGCAAACAUUUUGAGACGAAGGGUAAGAUUAGUUUACCAUCUAAUAGUGACAAUGAUACAAGCAACAUUUUGAUGGACAACAACAUAAUAAACAAAACUAAAGAUGAUCAAAGUGCAAUGAGCUUACGGGAACCUGUGAAACUAUCAGCAGAUCAAAUAGACCGAAAACAGACGCAAAAUAAAAACGAAAAGCACAACAGCGAAAGACUUGAAGAUGACAUGGAAAACGAAGAUUUGAUGGAGAGCAAACAAAAGCAGUUUAGGAAAAAGAGUAAAAGCAAGAUUGAGGUUGACAUUCCAGAGGAGCACAAUGCAGAACUACAAAUUGAAAAAUACAGAGAAAAAGAAAGGAAUGCUAUAAAUACUGAUUCAACGGAGAGCAAUCAGGGAAAGAAAAGUACUGACGAUGUUGGUGUAGAUAUAGAUGUUGUUUCCGAUGACACAAAUCUACCAAUAUUUACAGAAAUAAAAGACAAAGAACAAGAGGUAAGCAAAAGAAUAAAUGCAAAUGUUGGAAAAAAAGAAAGUGAAUCCCUGAACAAAGAAAAGAAAAAAGAAAUGGCUGACUAUGUUGAUUCAGACACUGAAAUGAGUGACAAUAACAACAAAAGCAACAGCAACAACAGCGACAGUAACAGCAAUAGUAGUAAAUACGUCGACAACAACAACAACAACAGUAGCAAAAUCAACAACAGCAAAAAAAGCGACAGCAACAACGAUGGCAGUAUGAAGCUGCAGCAAAUAAUAGAUGAUGAAGAUGAUAAUGUCAUGUUACAUGAUAACCGUUUGAUGUACAUUUUAACAGGCGAGGGAGCAAAACCUCCCAAACAAAAAAACACAGAACCAAGCAACAACAGAGAAGCCGAGAAAAUACAGAUCAAGCAAAUAAAUAAUGAUGUCAGAUUAAACAACGAAAAACCGCUCGUUCAAAGACAAAUAAUUAUCAACAAAGGAUUGAAAUCAAAAGUCGAAGAAAUGCAUAACAGAAUCCUAAAUGCACAUAAUAGAGUUAGCCAAGAACUGGAACAAAUGGAGCAAGAACUGAGCACUAAAUUCGAAACUUUGCAGAAAUCAAUGUCGAUGGCAAAGACACUGACAGCCAGUAUUGACAACAAGAUUAAUAACUCGGUACUCAGCGUGAUGAAAUUAGCCACUUCUUCUGCUAAACAAGCCAAAACUAAACUUGAUCUGGUACAAAAAGCUGCAGCAGCCCUGAAUAAUAUCGAAGAAAAAAUCGGUGCAAACGAAACAAGGAACUUUGCAAAAAAGCUGAAAGACAAACUGCCUGAUCUAUCUGCCCAGAAAAACAACACCUACCAAAAAAUACUGGCAAUAAAUAGCGUCAUCACGAAAAUGGAUGGUGCUAGAUUACUUGCUCUGGAUAAAGCAAACACUAGUUAUAAUAGUAAAGCAGAAAUAGAAAACAGUAUGUCCAAGGUUGCGGGUAGCGUACUAGACGAGCUGAAGUCUACAGAGAAGGAGUUAAGUGAUGACACCGAAAUGGAAAUAGAAGACGAAAUAGAAGCGGACAGGAAAAUAAGAGAUGCUAAAACAAGGAAUUAUAAAGCAGCAGUAAAAACAGCACAGGCUUUAGAAAAGAUUGAGGGAUACUUGAAACAGCUAGAAAAUGACGAAAACAGAUUGAGAACUUUAGAGAAUUAAACAAUGCUUUUCAGUUAUGAUUAAUAGAGUUGGAAAAAAAACGAAACUAUACGAAAGCACUGCGUUAUUAGUACACAUCUUUUUUUCUUCAAUAGGGAAACCUUCCGGAUUACUGACAAGCUAUAAUGUAGACUUUUCAGUCUUACUUGUUUAAAGCUAUUUCCAGUUAUCUAAUCUGGAAAAUUUCAGUGUGGUUUUAUUUCAUUGAUUGAAUGAGCGUAAUAGCAUACCAAAAUAAAAUAUCGAUGCUACAAACAUUUUAGUGAGGUGAGCUUCUUAGAUGAUCUAUCUCAUGUCCCUUGGACUGUCAUUGAUACUCUUGAUGAUGUGGAUGAUUGUCUUGACAUAUGGUACAAGUUGUUUCUUGAAGUAAU